UGGGGGGGCCGGUUUGUUGUGGUCGCCAUUUUGCUGGUUGCAUUACUGGGUAAUCGGGGCCCUGGCUCGCCGCGUCCGCCGGAUACCUUCAGCCAGUGAGCAGGUCUGAGCUCGGGCUUCCCGAGCAGUUUGAGUUCCCUUGCCCACGCCCUCAGGUCUCAGCGGCGGUGGCAGCCGAGGUGCAGGAUGCGAGAAGGCGCCCCCCGGCCGGGCUCCCGCUCCAGGCCUCGCUCCCCUGCGGCCCUCUGAGCCCACCAUGGCCGUCCCACCAGGCCAUGGUCCCUUCUCUGGCUUCCCGGGGCCCCAGGAGCACACGCAGGUAUUGCCUGAUGUGCGGCUACUGCCACGGAGGCUGCCCCUGGCCUUCCGAGACGCGACCUCGGCCCCACUGCGCAAGCUCUCCGUGGACCUCAUCAAGACCUACAAGCACAUCAAUGAGGUAUACUAUGCGAAGAAGAAGCGGCGGGCCCAGCAAGCGCCACCUCAGGACUCGAGCACCAAGAAGGAGAAAAAGGUCCUAAACCACGGUUAUGACGAUGACAACCAUGACUACAUCGUGCGCAGUGGCGAGCGCUGGCUGGAGCGCUAUGAGAUUGACUCACUCAUUGGCAAAGGCUCCUUUGGCCAGGUGGUGAAAGCCUACGAUCAUCAGACCCAGGAGCUGGUGGCCAUCAAGAUCAUCAAGAACAAAAAGGCCUUCCUGAACCAGGCCCAGAUUGAGCUGCGCUUGCUGGAGCUGAUGAACCAGCAUGACACAGAGAUGAAGUACUACAUAGUGCACCUGAAACGGCACUUCAUGUUCCGGAACCACCUGUGCCUGGUGUUCGAACUGCUUUCCUACAACCUGUACGACCUCCUGCGCAACACGCACUUCCGCGGUGUCUCGCUGAACCUGACGCGGAAGCUGGCGCAGCAGCUCUGCACGGCGCUGCUCUUCCUGGCCACGCCCGAGCUCAGCAUCAUUCACUGCGACCUCAAGCCCGAGAACAUCCUGCUCUGCAAUCCCAAACGCAGCGCCAUCAAGAUCGUGGACUUUGGCAGCUCCUGCCAGCUCGGCCAGCGGAUCUACCAGUAUAUCCAGAGCCGCUUCUACCGUUCGCCCGAGGUGCUCCUGGGCACACCCUAUGACCUGGCCAUUGACAUGUGGUCCUUGGGCUGCAUCCUGGUGGAGAUGCACACUGGAGAGCCCCUCUUCAGUGGCUCCAAUGAGGUGGACCAGAUGAACCGGAUUGUGGAGGUGCUGGGCAUCCCACCAGCCCCCAUGCUGGACCAGGCACCCAAGGCUCGAAAGUACUUUGAGCGGCUGCCUGGGGGUGGCUGGACCCUGCGAAGGACAAAGGAACUCAGGAAGGAUUACCAGGGCCCCGGGACGCGGCGGCUGCAGGAGGUGCUGGGCGUGCAGACGGGCGGGCCCGGGGGCCGGCGGGCGGGGGAGCCGGGCCACAGCCCCGCCGACUACCUCCGCUUCCAGGACCUGGUGCUGCGCAUGCUGGAGUAUGAGCCCGCCGCCCGCAUCAGCCCACUGGGGGCUCUGCAGCACGGCUUCUUCCGCCGCACGGCUGAUGAGGCCACCAACACGGGGCCGGCAGGCAGCAGUGCCUCCACCUCGCCCGCUCCCCUCGACACCUGCCCCUCCUCCAGCACCGCCAGCUCCAUCUCCAGCUCUGGAGGCUCCAGUGGCUCCUCCAGUGACAACCGGACCUACCGCUAUAGCAACCGAUAUUGUGGGGGCCCUGGGCCUCCCAUCACUGACUGUGAGAUGAACAGCCCCCAGGUCCCAUCCUCCCAGCCGCUGCGCCCCUGGGCAGGGGGUGAUGUGCCCCACAGGACACAUCAGGCCCCUGCCUCCACCUCGUCACUGCCAGGGGCUGGGGCCCAGUUACCCCCCCAACCCCGAUGCCUUGGUCGCCCCCCAUCACCAACCUCGCCACCACCCCCGGAGCUGAUGGAUGUGAGCCUGGUGGGCGGCCCUCCGGACUGCUCCCCGCCUCACCCUGCGCCUGCCCCCCAGCACCCGGCUGCCUCAGCCCUCCGGACUCGGAUGACAGGAGGUCGUCCACCCCUCCCACCCCCUGAUGACCCUGCCACUCUGGGGCCUCGCUUGGGCCUCCGUGGUGUACCCCAGAGCACGGCAGCCAGCUCAUGACCCUGCCCCCUCCCUGGGGCCCCUCCUGAAGCCAUACCCCCCCCAUCUGGGGGCCCUGGGCUCCCAUCCUCAUCUCUCCCCUUGACUGGAAUUGCUGCUACCCAGCCGGGGUGGGUGAGGCCUGCACUGAUUGGGGCCUGGGGCAGGAGGUCAAGGAGAGGGGUUUAGGCUCACCCUCCCCGCUAAGGACUGGACCCUUGGCCCCCUCUCCCCCCUUGUUUUCUAUUUAUUGUACCAAAGACAGUGGUGGUCCAGUGGGCAGGGGGGAGAGCCCCCUCACCCCAGGACCCUAGGAGGGGGUGGGGGCAGGUAGGGGGAGAUGGCCUUGCUCCUCCUUGCUGUACCCCCCAGUAAAGAGCUUUCUCACA